AUGAAUAAUUCUGAUCACGAAAACCUCACGCUGAGCGAGAUUCAUCCUCGCGGGUCUACAGAUGAGGUCCCUGAAAUCGAGCAGCCCGCUCUUCCUCCACCAGAUGAAGGCAAAGCUGCAUGGAUGAUGUUGGCUUCAUGUUGUUUGAUCCAAAUACCAGUCUGGGGAUUCUCCACUGUCUUUGGUGUCUUCCAAGAGUACUACUCAACACAAAACGUCUUACAAGGAAGCAAAGGCGAUCUAGCAACUGUUGGAACUACCUCCACUGGACUUCUGUAUCUGCUCUCGCCUGUGACUUUCACACUUCUGACCCGGUACCCACGUCUACAAUACUACUGUGCACCCAUAGGCCUGGUCAUCACAGUGAUAGGGUCCCUGCUAUCAUCAUUUUCAGUACAGGUGUGGCAUUUGAUCGCCACUCAAGGUGUCAUAUGUGCCAUUGGUAAUGGGCUCUUGUUCAGCCCUUCUUCUUUAUACCUUGACCAGUGGUUCUUGCGUCGGAAAGGCCUUGCGAUUGGAACGAUGUGGGCAGCAAAGAGCAUCACUGGUGUUGCUUUGCCUUUCAUUGCCAGUGCUUGUUUGAAUAAGUAUGGCUCUAGUACUACACUCAGAGCUUGGACAGUUACUACGUUGCUAACCACCCUUGCGGCCUUGCCCUACAUGAAGCCACGCAUCCCCGUAUCUUCAUCAGCUGCAGCCCGUCGCUUGGACUUGAGUUUCCUCAAACAAGCCACAUUCUGGAUGCUACAGGCUGGGAAUAUCAUCCAGAGUUUUGGAUACUUCCUGCCAACAACGUUUCUUCCUUCCUAUUCAACACAUACUAUCGGGCUCUCCCAGAAUACCGGAACAAUGCUGGUGUCACUAUUCAACGCAACAUCUGUUUUUGGUGGGAUAGCUCUUGGAACCCUCUGUGACCGCUUUUCUGUCACUAAUAUCAUGCUACUGUCCUCGGUUGGCUCGGGGUUAUCAGUAUUCCUGUUCUGGGGCAUGUCAUCAUCGUCGAGCUCAGGGUCAGAUUCGCAGACAGCCAUUGCUCUUCUUACUGUCUUCUCCAUUACAUACGGCUUCUUUGCGGGUGGCUUCAGCUCCACCUGGUCUGGGGUCAUUACUCAGAUAAAGCGGGACUCAUCGCCUUCCUUGGACACAGGAUUAGUCUUUGGUCUUCUUGCUGGUGGCCGAGGAAUUGGGAAUGUGAUCAGUGGGCCGCUGAGCACCGUGCUGCUUCAUUCAGGGUCGUUGGGGGAUUCAAGUGGCCCGAAUGGCAGUACUGGCUAUGGAACCAAGUACGGGACGCUGAUUGUUUUCACUGGCAUCACGGCCUUUUUUGGCGCUUGGAGCUGGAUGUGGCGUUAUAUCAGCCCUGCACGGAGAGGUCUUGGUUGA